ACAGGGACUCACCUAACAGGUUGGGGUCCUUGGAGUGCGCGUGGCCGCGUGGGGAAGCGGGGACCCUACCCCCCCACGCGCCGCCUAGCACUGGGCAAGGGCGGGGCACUCUCUGGGCUCCCGCCCCUCGCCGCCCGCCCCGGGAGCCCGAGCCCCGCCCUUCCCCGGCCCCGCCCUCGCCUCCCGAGCGCGCCCACCGAAGCCACCGCGCUCCCCGCGACUCUCGCAGGCUCUGCGAACUUCCGAGCGGCUGGGCCGGGCCAUGGGGGCGCCUCGGGGCCGGAUCACGUAGCCGCGGCGCCCCCGGAGAGCAAGCGUGGCCGGGAGCGCCCGCCGGGCUCUUCCCGCGCCCCGGCCAUGGUCGGCCGCGGCGUCCCUCUGUGCGCUGCGCAGCCCGCGGUGGCCGAGGGCGGCCCGGCCCGCGAGCCGCCGCCGCUGCUGGAGGUGUCCCCCCGAAAGAGGCUACCCGCCGGGCCCGACCAGGACCCAUGCGGCAGCCGCCCUGCGCCCGAAGGCGCCGGGGCCGGCCCAGAGCAGGGCCACUCGGCCGGCGGAGGCGGCUGGUGCCGCCACUGCCACACGAAGCUCGUGGAGCUCAAGCGACAGGCGUGGAAGCUGGUCAGCGGGCCCGGGACCACCCUCCGGGAUCCUUGCCUCUCUGCCCUGCUUCUCGACAAGCUACCAGCACCUGGGGCCCUGCCAGCCUGUCGCCCAGAGGCCGAGCGCCGCUGUGACGUCUGCGCCACACACCUGCAGCAGCUCACACGGGAGGCCAUGCACCUGCUGCAGGCCCCUGCCAGCCACGAGGACCUUGACGCCCCCCAUGGAGGCCCCAGCCUCGCACCCCCCAGCACCACGACCAGCUCGAGGGACACGCCAGGACCAGCGGGUCCUGCAGGGAGGCAGCCAGGACGAGCUGGGCCAGACAGGACCAAGGGGCUGGCCUGGCCCCCCGGGCCCAGUGUCCAGGUGUCUGUAGCACCUGCGGGUCUUGGAGGGGCGCUGAGCACGGUCACCAUCCAGGCCCAGCAGUGCCUGGAGGGCAUGUGGAGUGUCUCGCGGGUCAACAGCUUCCUCCCGCCGGCGUGCCUGGCCGAGGCAGCGGUGGCGGCCGUGGCGGUGGCAGACACGGUCCGAGAAGGCCCCCCCGUGGCCGGCCCUGAUGGCUUGUCGAAGGCCUGGGGCCGUGGUGGAGUCUGCACAUCAGCCCUGGUCACCCCCACCCCGGGCUCGGUGGGGGGCUCCACAGGCCCCUCAGCUGCAGCCUCCUUCUUCAUAAGGGCUGUGCAGAAGCUCAGCCUGGCCUCCAAGCGGAAGAAGCCCCACCCGACACCGCCUCCCGCCACCCGCGGCACCUCCACCUACCCCACCGACUUCAGCGGGGUCCUGCAGCUGUGGCCGCCCCCGGCACCCCCCUGCCUGCUCAGGGCCGCCUCCAAGACCAAGGACAACCCUGGCAGCAUCGGGAAGGUGAAGGUUAUGCUGCGGAUCUGGCCCGCACAGGGGGCCCAGCGCUCGGCCGAGGCCAUGUCCUUCCUGAAGGUGGACCCUCGGAAGAAGCAGGUGAUCCUCUACGAUCCCGCCGCCGGUCCCCCAGGCAGCGCAGGCCCCCGGCGAGCCGCCACUGCUGCAGUUCCCAAGAUGUUUGCCUUCGAUGCCGUCUUCCCCCAGGACUCCGAGCAGGCCGAAGUCUGCUCGGGGACCGUGGCCGACGUGCUCCAGUCGGUGGUCAGUGGGGCUGAUGGCUGCAUUUUUUCCUUUGGCCACAUGAGCCUGGGCAAGUCGUACACCAUGAUCGGGAAGGACAGCUCACCUCAGAGCCUGGGCAUCGUGCCCUGCGCCAUCUCCUGGCUCUUCAGGCUCAUCGAGGAGCGCAGGGAGAGGACGGGCACCCGCUUCUCCGUCCGGGUCUCAGCCGUGGAGGUGUGCGGGCGCGACCAGAGCCUGCGGGACCUGCUGGCCGAGGUGGCCCCUGGCAGCCUCCAGGACACCCAGUCUCCGGGAGUGUACCUGCGGGAGGACCCCGUGUGUGGGGCGCAGCUCCAGAACCAGAGCGAGCUGCGGGCACCCACGGCCGAGAAGGCGGCUUUCUACCUGGAUGCGGCCCUGGCGGCCCGCAGCACCAGCCGAGCGGGCUGCGGCGAGGACGCCCGACGCAGCUCCCACAUGUUAUUCACACUGCACGUCUACCAGUACCGCAUGGAGAAGUGCGGCCGGGGAGGAAUGUCCGGAGGCCGCAGCCGCCUGCACCUCAUCGACCUGGGCAGCUGUGAGGCGGCGGCUGGCAGGGCCGGGGAGGCUGCUGGGGGUCCCCUGUGUCUGUCCCUGUCGGCCCUGGGCAGCGUCAUCUUGGCCCUGGUCAACGGAGCCAAGCAUGUGCCGUACCGGGACCACAGGCUCACCAUGCUGCUGCGUGAAUCCCUGGCCACCGCUGGCUGCCGCACCACCAUGAUCGCCCACGUGUCGGAUGCGCCAGCCCAGCACGCAGAGACGCUCAGCACCGUGCAGCUCGCCGCCCGCAUCCACCGCCUGUGCAGGAAGAAGGCCAAGUACGCCUCCAGCUCCUCUGGCGGGGAGAGCUCCUGUGAGGAAGGCCGGGCCCGUCGGCCCCCGCACCUGCGGCCCUUCCACCCACGCACUGUGGCCCUGGACCCCGACCGCACGCCUCCCUGCCUGCCCGGUGACCCCGAUUACUCCUCCAGCAGCGAGCAGUCCUGUGACACGGUCAUCUACGUGGGGCCCGGUGGGGCGGCGCUGUCAGACCGGGAGCUCACCGACAACGAAGGUCCGCCUGACUUUGUGCCCAUCAUCCCUGCCCUGAGCCGCCACCGGCCCUCCAAGGGCCCCCGAGACGCAGACCACUUCCGCUGCAGCACCUUCGCGGAGCUGCAGGAGCGGCUGGAAUGCAUGGACGGCAACGAGGGUCCCUCAGGAGGUCCAGGUGGCACCGACGGAGCUCAGGGCAGCCCCGCCCGAGGGGGCCGGAAGCCCUCGCCACCAGAGACUGCAUCCCCCAGGAAGGCCGUGGGCACCCCGAUGGCUGCCAGCACCCCUCGAGGCAGUUCUGGUCCAGACACCCACCAGGGUACCCCUGAGCCCUGCAAGGCCACUGUCUGGGGUGACCAGAGAGAGGACAGCAGCGCUUGGCCUGAGCUGCUGGUCCCGGAAAAGGCUGCAGUGGGUGGAGGCAGGAGGCCACUGCCCAGCCCGGCUCCCCCACCUCCUCAGUUGCUGGAAGCCUGCAGAGCCCCAGAAGAGCCUGGGGGAGGGGGCACUGAUGGAGUGGCACGGACCCCUCCCGUGGGCAUGAGUGGGCAGGUGGCUGGGUCCCCGAUGCUUCCUGGGGCCACCUGCCCCCGCCUGGCUGCUGGCAGUCGCUGUCCGGAGCGGGGCCUGCUCACCACCACAGUGACCCUGCAGCGGCCAUUGGAGCUCAACGGCGAGGACGAGCUGGUGUUCACGGUGGUGGAGGAGCUGUCCCUGGGGGGGCUUGCCGGAGCUGGGCGGCCCACCAGCCUGGCUAGCUUCGACAGUGACUGCUCCCUGCGGGCCCUGGCCUCGGGGUCCCGGCCGGUCAGCAUCAUCAGCAGCAUCAAUGAUGAGUUUGACGCCUACACCUCUCAGGCCCCUGAGGGGGGGCCCCUGGAGGGGGCGGCCUGGGCCGGCAGCAGUCACGGCUCCUCCAUCAGCUCCUGGCUCAGCGAGGUCAGCGUCUGCACUGCCGACAGCCGUGGCCCCACGCCGCAGCCCCGCUUCAGCCCCGACUCGCUGGCAGGGCUUGACCCUGGGGGCCCACCUGCCCUGGAUGGUUCCCUGGGGGAUGGAAGCUCUGGGUUCCUGGGGCCAGACAGACCUGACAGUCCUGGGCCAACCUGGGGUCCGUGCCCUGGGGAAGUGGCUGCAGUGGCCCCAUCCCGACCCGGCAGGGAGCCCCAGGCCGGGCCCUCGCGGUGGGCAUCCGCAGCCCAGACCAUCCACUCCAGCCUCCCCCGGAAACCGAGGACUGCCUCUGCCACCACCCGCGUGGGCUGUGCUCGCCCGGGCCAGAGCCCACCUGGCCGUGGAGGCCUGUUUGAGGACCCAUGGCUGCUCCGGGUAGGGGAGUGUGAUGCCCAGGCAGCUUCUGCUGGCAGGGCCCCCAGCCCCACACUUGGCUCCCCCCGGCUGCCUGAGGCCCAGGUGAUGCUAGCCUGUGCCCAGAGAGUGGUGGACGGGUGUGAGGUGGCAGCCAGGGCGGCCCGCAGGCCAGAGGCUGUGGCUCGGAUCCCACCGCUGCGGAGGGGUGCCACCACGCUGGGUGUGACAACGCCAGCUGUGUCCUGGGGGGAUGCUCCCACGGAGGUGGUGGCCUGCUCGGGGAGCCUGAAGGCCUCCCCCACCAGCAAGAAGGGUCUGGCUCCCAAGGCGGGCUUCCUCCCGAGGCCCAGUGGGGCGGCCCCCCCGGCCCCACCCACGCGGAAGUCCAGCCUGGAGCAGAGGAGCAGCCCGGCCUCGGCCCCUCCGCAUGCUGUGAACCCGGCGCGGGUCGGGGCUGCUGCUGUCCUUCGAGGGGAGGAGGAGCCCAGACCCAGCAGCCGGGCUGACCACUCUGUCCCCAGGGCCACGUCCAGCCUGAAGGCCCGGGCCAGCAAGGUAGAAGCGGCACACCGUCUUGCCGGACACGCGUCUCUGGAGCGGUACGAAGGCCUGGCGCACAGCAGCAGCAAGGGCCGGGAAGCCCCUGGGCGGCCUCCCCGGGCUGUACCCAAGCUGGGUGUGCCACCCUCCAGCCCCACACACUGUCCAGCUCCCGCCUGUAGGAGCGGCGCAGCCAAGGCUGUGGGGGCCCCCAAGCCCCCUGCUGGUGGAGGCAAGGGCCGUAGCCUAGUGGCUGGUGGGUCGCGGGCUCUGGGGCCUUCGGUGAAGCUGUCUACGGCCUCUGUGACGGGCAGGAGCCCUGGCGGCCCUGUGGCCGGUCCCAGAGCAGCCCCACGGGCCGGGCCCAGUGUCGGGGCAAAGGCUGGCCGGGGUACCAUCAUGGGCACAAAGCAGGCGCUCCGGGCUGCUCACAGCCGCGUCCAUGAGCUGUCAGUCAGUGGAGCCCCGGGCCGAGGUGGCUCCUCGUGGGGCUCGGCGGACUCAGACAGCGGCCAUGACAGCGGCGUGAACGUGGGGGAGGAGCGGCCACCCACGGGCCCGGCCCUGCCCUCCCCCUACAGCAAGGUGACCGCCCCACGGCGGCCCCAGCGCUACAGCAGCGGCCAUGGCAGCGACAACAGCAGCGUGCUGAGUGGAGAGCUGCCGCCCGCCAUGGGCCGCACCGCCCUUUUCCACCACAGCGGUGGCAGCAGCGGCUACGAGAGCCUGCGGCGCGACAGCGAGGCCACCGGCAGCGCCUCCUCCGCCCCUGACUCCAUGAGCGAGAGUGGGGCUGCCUCCCCAGGCGCCCGCACCCGCAGCCUCAAGUCCCCCAAGAAGAGGGCCACAGGUCUGCAGCGGCGGCGCCUGAUUCCCGCCCCACUGCCCGACACCACUGCCCUGGGCCGUAAGCCCAGCCUCCCCGGGCAGUGGGUGGACCUGCCCCCGCCCCUGGCUGGCUCCCUGAAGGAGCCGUUCGAGAUCAAGGUGUAUGAGAUCGAUGACGUGGAGCGCCUUCAGCGGCCCCGCCCCACCCUGAGGGAGGCCCCCACCCCGAGGGAGGCCCCCACCCAGGGUCUGGCGUGCGUCAGUACAAGGCUGCGGCUGGCGGAGCGCAGGCAGCAGCGACUGCGGGAGGUGCAGGCCAAGCACAAGCACCUGUGUGAGGAGCUGGCCGAGACCCAGGGCCGGCUGAUGCUGGAGCCUGGCCGCUGGCUGGAGCAGUUUGAGGUGGACCCGGAGCUGGAGCCCGAGUCGGCCGAGUACCUGGCGGCCCUGGAGCGAGCCACGGCGGCCCUGGAGCAGUGCGUGAACCUGUGCAAGGCGCACAUCAUGAUGGUCACCUGCUUCGACAUCAGCGUUGCAGCCAGUGCUGCCAUCCCGGGGCCGCAGGAGGUGGACGUCUGAGGCUGGGCGCCGGACAAGAGGAGGGGGCGUGCAGCGGGCUGGAGGACGGGACGUGGGACGGAGCGAGGAUGUGGUGGGGGCUGCGGGGGGAGGAUGCGGAGGGGUUUCUGUGUGGGACGGGAGUCUCAGAGAGGAGACGGAGUGUGGGGGAGGGAGGGCCGGCCACGCGGUGGACAGAGUGAGGGUGCCAGGGUGACCAGAAGACCGUCACCACCCAACAGCAACGCAAGUGCCUUUGACCUUGAUUUGGACUUUUCUCCCUUUUGCAUUUGGUGCUACAGACUUGAGACACCAGCAGAAGUUGUGUUCAGCCCGGCCCCGCUGCGCCUGUCCGGGCCGGGGCUGGCGCCGGUUGUGUUUGUGUCCACCUUGCCUUCUUUGCAGCCAAGCAGUUUUUGUGGAGUGGGACUUACCUGCACGCCCCAGGGGUCUUUCAGGAUUCAGGAUGACUUUUCUUUUACAAUGGUUUCCUCUCAGCAGAGCCCGGGUUGUGGGGGAUCUGUGUGGGGUUCUCAACGCAGAUCCAUCCUGGGGUCUCCCGGGCAGGGAUGGCUGACCUCGAGUCCCCUCCCUUCCCGAGAACCUGCUCUGUCCCGAGGGCAGCUAACAAGGGCUGAGCCCCAGGUACAGGUUGCCUCUUCCACGGCAGGAAUUUUUACCAAAACCACAAGCAAAAAACAAAACAGACCACCACGACCAACAACAAAGAUGGGGGGUAGGGUUUUGUAAAGGUUCUGUUAGGUUCAUAUUUUUAUAUCAUUUUGCCCAUAAAUGCGGAAUUUGCCGUGGGAAUUUGAAGACAAAUGAUCUAUGUUUUUAUGGUUUUCUAGGGAAGGUGUUCUGGGGGCCGGGCUCUCUCCAGCUGUGGGAGGCCUGCUCCCUCUGGGGGGCACCCUGGGCAGGGUGGGGGGGCCUUGGGAGGCGCUUCUUGCCAAAUGCAGACGAGGGGUGAGCCUGCCAGCGUUUGUGACGUCCCCGCACGACAGGCUCAUACUUUCUGAGGAUCGUGCGUGGCAUAGGACGUCUGAACCUUUGUACAAAUGUGUAGAUGACAUCUUGCUACAGCUUUUAUUUGUGAAUUAAAGAUGCAUCGAUGUUU